AAUGUACAAAUCCUUUGUUAUUUUUGAUUUAAAUUUUGAACAACAAUGUACAGAAAAACAAGAAAAAUGCUUUAGGAGAAGAAAGCAAAACUUGAAUUUUUACAAACAAUUAAAGGGAAUGCUUCUCUUGGGUGCAAUUUUCUCAUUUCAAAUAAAAUUUUGUGAUUCUUCAUCCCAUUCUUAUCAUCAUCGGUAUGAUGAACAACAUGUCAAAUGUUCGGCAGAGGGAAGUAUUUGCUCAACAAGUAGGGCACAGAUUUGCAGGAAUAACACGUGCGUUUCAGUAUGUUCCGUUAAAGAUAUGCGCGAGUGUCGGUGUGACAGCGAAGAGGAUAACUACUGCUUUUUGUGCUGCGGCAAUGAGCGAAAUCGUUGUUUGCCAGCUCAUGAACAUGGCAUACUUAGAGAUAAUGGAGAGCGUUGGGAGCGUGAUGCAUGCACAAGAUGCAGAAUGAAUGGGGACGAAAUGGAUGGAAUGCCAUGUGAUGAUCAAGACACACAAAGGCUAUGCUUACAAGGAAAAUGCUCAAAAUCAGUCUGUGUUGAUAAACAACAAGGACAAUAUUGUGAUAAAAAAUCCGAAAAAAUAUGUGUAGACGAUGUUUGUGAAAAUCCAUGUGCCAAAAUUUCACCCUAUUUAAUGGUAUGUGAAUGUCCAGCAAUAGAUCCAGAUACUGGAUUUGCAUCAGAAGACCGUUGUCAGCUUUGCUGUUUUGACUAUCAUCAGAAGCCAUCUACAAGACGUUGCCGAAAUGCUCAUCGAAACUAUGGCAUUAAAUCAGCACAAGAUCGCCCAAUAUGGAGGAUAGGUUUAGAAUGCGCUGGCGGAAAACGCUGCAAUCGCUAUGGAAUAUGCUCAAAUGAUGCUUCACCCGGUGGAAGGAACCAAACCCGUGUGUCAACUUCCCUACUUGCAAUUAUUGUAUUUUCUAUAUUAAUAUUAGCCGUCCUAAUCACUUCAGCUACGACCAUUUUUUCAGAAUCAUUUUAA